AUGAUUCAGGAUUGUGGAUUUUUGGAGUUCCCUUAUCUUGGUGAUUGUUUGUCCUGGAGGGGUUGGCGUGAUAGAAAGCCUAUUCGUUGUCGGCUGGAUCGGGCCUUAGGGAAUGAGGAUUGGCAUGAUUUGUUCCCGGACACUGUGAUUGAGUAUUUGUCAAUGAUAGCAUAUGAUCAUAAGCCUCUAGUGGUUAAUAUUGGGGCCAAAAAACCGCGUGGAAAGCGGAGCUUUAUGUUUGAUCGUCGUUGGAUUGGUAAGGCGGGACUGAUGGAUGCAAUCUCUUCGGGCUGGGGCUGGGGCGGGGGUGUGGACCAGGAAUCAGAGGUGGCGUUGGCUGAUGACUCAAUACCCCCAUCUCAAAUUUCGGAGUUACAAAAUCGUUUACGCCAGGCGUAUGGGGAUGAGGAGAUAUAUUGGUAUCAGAAGAGUCGGAAUAAUUGGAUGCGGCUAGGGGACAAAAAUUCCGCAUAUUUUCAUGCCUUAACAAAGCAGCGCAGACCUCGUAAUCGGAUCACUGGUUUGUUCUCUAAGGAUGACAUCUGGUCGACCGAGGAUGUGGAUAUUUGUAAUACUGCGGUAUCGUAUUUUGAUGAAUUAUUUACCUCCACAAAUCCGGAUAAUUUUGAGGAGGCCCUAAGGGAGGUUAAUUCGGUGAUUACGGCAGAGGAGAAUGAGCAGCUCACCGGCCCAGCAACGGAGGCUGAAGUCAAGUCGGCUAUGUUUAUGAUGCACCCGGAUAAAGCCCCUGGUCCAGACGGGAUGACAGCUUUGUUUUACCAAAAAGCAUGGAGUAUCGUUAAGAAGGACCUUGUUGGUUUGGUUAAUCUGUUUUUUGUGGAGGGAGUCCUUGAUAAGGAUCUCAAUCGCACUCAUAUUUGUCUUAUUCCAAAGGUGGCCAAGCCAACUCGUAUGGCAGAACUACGUCUGAUUAGUUUGUGUACCGUUGGUUAUAAGAUUAUUUCUAAGAUAUUGUGUCAGCGGCUUAAGAAGGUUUUACCUGGUCUUAUCUCUGAAACUCAAUCAGCUUUUGUUCCAGAGGUUCUAAUUGCAAAUAUACAGAAAGCAGAGAGGAAUAAGCUUAUUACAGGGAUAAAGGUGGCGAACAAAUGCCCGCCAAUAUCGCAUUUGUUGUUUGCUGAUGAUAGUCUAUUUUUCUGUAAGGCGGACAGAGAUCAAUGCCGGGUUAUUCUAGAUAUCUUGCAUCAGUAUGAAUCUGUUUCGGGACAACAAAUAAAUUUUUCAAAGUCCUCGGUCCAGUUUGGUCAUAAGAUUGAUGACCAGACAAAGGCAGAGUUGCAGGAUGUUCUCGGGAUCCCAACUUUGGGUGGUAUGGGGUCAUACCUAGGAUUACCUGAAAGUUUGGGUGGGGCUAAAACCAAGGUUUUCUCUUUCGUCCGAGAACGGUUUCAGAGUCGGACAAAUGGUUGGACAGCAAAUUUUCUUUCCAAAGGAGGAAGGGAGGUGAUGAUCAAAUCUGUUGCAACUGCUGUUCCCACGUUUGUGAUGUCAUGUUUUCGGUUACCGAAAACAAUUACAUCCAAACUUACCAGUGCAGUUGCAAAUUUUUGGUGGAGCACUAAUGGACAGUCGGGGGGCAUGCAUUGGCUAGCAUGGGAGAAAUUGUGUGUUAGCAAACAAUUGGGUGGACUUGGAUUUAGAAAUGUGGAUGACUUUAACUCAGCGUUACUGGCUAAGCAAUUGUGGCGUCUGAUUGAUGUUCCGGACUCACUGUUUGCCAGGGUUUUUAAAAGUAGAUAUUAUAGGAAUACGCAUCCUAUGGAUCCGAUUAGGUCAUACUCUCCCUCCUAUGGCUGGAGGAGUAUAUGUUCAGCUCGCUCUCUGGUUAAUAAAGGACUUAUUAAACGGGUUGGCUCCGGGGACACCAUUUCUGUAUGGUCUGACCCUUGGGUACCAGCUCAAUUCCCGAGACCAGCUUUAAGUAAGGGCCUGGUAAAGGACCUUUCUCUUCAAAUGAAUCAGUUAAUUGAUCGACAGACAAAUACUUGGCGUAUGGAUAUGCUUAAUGAGCAUUUUGAUCCACUGGACGUUGAUUUGAUAGGGGCUAUACCUUUGGGUAGUAACCAGAAGGAUGAUCCCUUCGGUUGGCACUUAACGAAAACAGGGUUAUAUACAGUUAAAUCAGGCUAUCAUGCUGCACGGCAUGAUGCAUUUGGGACCUUUGCGGCAAUUGGGUUUUUAAAAGUAGAUAUUAUAGGAAUACGCAUCCUAUGGAUCCGAUUAGGUCAUACUCUCCCUCCUAUGGCUGGAGGAGUAUUUGUUCAGCUCGCUCUCUGGUUAAUAAAGGACUUAUUAAACGGGUUGGCUCCGGGGACACCAUUUCUGUAUGGUCUGACCCUUGGGUACCAGCUCAAUUCCCGAGACCAGCUUUAA